AUGCUGUACGAAUUGAUUGCUAUUGUCCGUCCGGGCAGUCUGAACGAGGUUCGAGACAUCGCCCGUAAUACCGGCACCCUCGUCCUGCGCUCCGGCGGCGUAAUCCGCGGAUUCACCAACUGGGGCGUCUUCCGUCUGCCCAGAACCACAACGAAACAUCAAGCCCGUUAUACCGAUGGCCACCACUUCAUCAUGCGCUUCGAUGCCGCCUCGCCCGUGCAGCUGGGUAUCCGUCGAACCCUCGCGCUCGACCCCCGAAUGAUCCGCUUCUCAGUUAUCAAGCUCGGCGACAAGUUGGGAGAGGUCAAGGAUAUCAGCGGGAGGGUUGAAUGGAACGACGUGCGCAGUCUAUCGAACUCAAUCUAA